AUGCUGGGAAUCUCAAAACGGCGAUUAUGCUACGAAACCGACACGAAUGAUUGUAACUCACCUAAGAGACUCUCAGAUAUCUCCAGGUCUGGGACUCCUCACUCGCCCUCUAAGAACUUCGACUCGCCUUACUAUACAGAGGACAUUACAGAUACAACAAUGACUGAAGAGCGAAAUGCUGAUAAUGAGAAGAUCUGUUACGGAACUAUAUGCGAUGUUCUCAUUUCACUCUGCUCCAACGCAAAGGUUCGUCGGAACACGCGGCCGUGGGAUAGAUAUUAUUUGUUCAAUGUACAAGUUGGCUCCGGUGCUUGCUGUCUGCUGCCUGAUCUCGACGUCAAAACAAAACAACGAUCUCGUCUUGACGGAAAUACUGUGGCCACUCUGACGCUCGUUUCUUCCAAAGUGCGGCACGUAUUCUUUGCAGCCGCGAUCGGUGUCAACGCACUCUAUGGGAAACGAAGAAAAUCCUCCAAGCCCAUAGUCCAAGCCACAGUCAAUAUCUACGGCCCAAAGCACUUGAUGGAUGAAGUUGACGAAGCACUUUCCACGAUAUCGACAUCUUUGCAGCACCCGUUAUUCCUGGAGCCGAAUAUUUCUUAUAUUAACCCUCAAUUUCUCUACCCCGGCCCUGGUAAGACCGACCUAAGACAUCUAAUUGGUCAGACCUCUAAGGAUACCACAUCUGGCUUAUCUCAGGUCGUCGAUGGGGUCAUGGGAUUCAUCAACUCCAAGGUGUGA